AUGGGUAAAGUGUCUGGUGGCGACAUGGUGCUCUUCGCCUCGCAUGAAUGGCCCUUGCCUCGCAUUCGCCGCCCCACCUCCUUCGAGCUCGAGGGGACGCAGGUGGAGCAGGUGGAAGACCAGCUGAAGGCCAAGAAGGGUGUGGCCAAGCAGCCGGGCAGCGGCGGCACUGGAGGCAUGAUGGGGGGCCUUGCUGGCGCCGUGGGUGGCAUGAUGAUGGGCAGCAAGGGCGCGAAGCACUCCGGAGACGGGCGGGUGGGCGCGGGCCAGAGGAAGAAGAAGGGCAUGCUGAACGACGCCCUGGGCGGCAUGGGCGCGGCAAGUGGUUUGGCCACGAUGGGGGCAUCCAUGGCGGGCGACCUGCUCGGGUCCAAGAAGAUCAAGCUGAAGCACGUGGACAAGCGCAACGAGGAGGCCGUGGAGCGAUCCCAGGAGGAAGCCCAGCUCACCGGUGAGGGCGAGGACGUGGCCACGGUGGCGGAUGUUUCCCAGCAGGCAGAAGUGGACGAGGCUGAGGAAGAGGAAGGAGAAGGCCCACCAGCGGGUGACGUUGAGGAAGCCAUGGGCAAGGCUCCGGAUGUGUCAGUGGCUGACCUCUACAAGUACUACACCAACAAGUUGGCCCGGCGCGCGCGGCAGGCGGCCAUCUUAGCAGACAACGCAGUGCAGGAGGCGUGGAAGCAACAGCAGCUGGCGAGGUAUUGGAGUCGCCAGGCCCUGGAGGAUGAAGUCGCCACCAUGCGGGCCCUGCCCGCGCCGAAGACCAACCCAGAGCAGGAGACGUGGCAGCUUCACGUGCCUCCUGGCUGGGAGCUACCAUCAACCCCGCUCAUCUCUACGCGGGACCCGCGGACUGUGACCCUCUACUCGGGUGCCACCGAAACGCUGUGCGGUGGGGCCCUAGCAGCGCCUUGCUUCAGCGUGCGAGAGAGAGCUCCCAGAAGGGAGGCGGCUACAAGAUUCCUUUGUGCGCUCUAG